AUGGUGAAAAUGGACAAAACAAUAGACAAACCGUGUGAUGAAGACAUACCACUGCAAAGUAAAGAAUCCAAUGGCGAAUUUACCACCAAUGGAGGGAAAGGUCCUGAAGAUGAAAGAUCAGGUGAAGAUGUGGAGGAGACUAAUUGUGUUUUAGAGAUGGACGAAGAUAAGGUGCAGGAUGGAGGAUGGGGGUGGAUGAUUGUCUUCGGAGCGUUCAUGGUUCAUGUGAUCAUGGGAGGAUUCGAUCGGUCCAGUGGCGUGUUUUACCUGCAGUUUAAAGAGAAGUUCAACCGCUCGGCCACCGAAACUGCCUGGGCACUCUCACUGUUCUCAACACUAAGGCAUGCCAUGGCUCCUGUAGCCAGUGCCAUAUUGAAUAAGUUUUCCUGCCGGUUUGUGGUGAUCCUGGGCUCGGUGAUCUGUACCCUGGGUGUGCUGAUAUCGGCCUUCAUGCCCGACCUGCCUUAUCUAUACCUGACGUACGGGGUACUAGGGGGAGUGGGCAGGGCCUUCGUGUAUGCCCCCAGUCUCAUCAUGGUUGGCUACUACUUCAACAAACGAAGAGGUGUAGCGGUUGGUUUGGCCACCUCCGGAAUAGGGGUCGGCUGUUUCGUGUUUCCUCCAGUGGUAGAGAUCAUGUUCAACCAUUACGGCUUUCAAGGAACGUUCCUCAUACUGGCCGGAGUCAUGAGUAACUUUUUUGUUUGCGGCGCUUUGUUUAGGUCUCUGGAGAUGCAGAAGCAAAUUAUCAAAACAGACAGCAAAUUAUUUCACGCUCUUAAACCAUACUACAAAGAAAAGAAACCUCUCUUGGAGCUCUCACUUUUCAAAAACUUUGGUUUCACAUGUUUGUGUAUACAGUUGUUUUUAUACAUUUUAGCUUUCAAUUUGACGUUUGUAUUCUUGCCAGCGUUAGCAAAAGACAAAGGUAUACCUCAACUUGAUGGUGCAAUGUUGGUGUCAAUCUUGGGCAUUUUUGACGCCAUUGCUAGAGUAGUAAUGUCAACAGUGCUUGAUCUAAAGAGAGUUAAACCUUACCGGCUUAUAAUCUACAAUGCUGUCAUGUUUGGAAACGCCGCAGUCGCCAUUCUGAUUCCAUCAAUGACCCAAUUCUGGCACUUUGCGAUGAUGAGUGGAUUGUUCGGCUUUUUGUCAGGAACUUACAUCUCACAGAAGUCGGUCGUGGUGGUGGACGUUCUUGGGGUCAAAUCUUUAUCAAGUUCCUUUGGACUACUGCUCCUCUUUCAGGGCUUAAGUGCUUUUAUUGGACCAACUGUUGGAGGUUUGAUCAAGGAUAUGCUCGGAAGCUACGACAUGGCGUUCUAUUUUGGAUCGAUCGGUAUCAUUCUCGGAGGUCUAACGAUGGCUGUGGGAAAUGUGUGGAUAUAUCGCCAGAAACGCAGAAAGUGA